GAGUGCCCCCCGUUUGACCAACUGGCUACUACGUCACACAUGCUUCUGGUAGAGCCGCCAACUCCGAAGGCUCUCCUCUCGGUCGGCUCAGUGAGUUACGAGUUGCGUCCGGGUUCGCCGUACGAACGAUAACGGGGGCGUCAAUCGAAUCGCGAUUGGGAGAGGAUUCUACCUCGUGCACGCUCUUCCCUCCUUGUCUUUCUCGGCUACAGGCAACAGGUUUGAAUUUAUGGGACAAUAAAGAGUGUGGUGCGUAGUGCGCGUGUCUCUUUCUCUCUCUUUCUCUCCCUUUCUUUUCCUCCCUUUACGCCUUUCUUUCCCGUUCUAGGCCGUUCUUUCUCUCGCGUAAACAUCCUGUCCUUUCGUUGAAAAGAGGAGCGAGCGAGCGAAGACUAUCAAAGUCUCAUAAAACUGUCAGCCGCGACCACCGGGCUGACUUAUGUGCGCCCCUUCUUUAGUCGCGGUUGGAGAACCACACGCUUCCAGGGUGGAUCUGUGCCUGUCGCGCGACACGAUCACGAUUCCAUCGCGAAGCUUUUAACGAAAGAUCAGACGCACAAUCUCCGCUCCGGUCUCGGAAAGAGACGGUCUAGGGAAGUGAAUGAUCUACUUGCUCGCUCAUAUCCCUGACUGCCGCGAUCCCGCGAAUUACGAUAUGCGGCAAUUCGCACUUUUAAAACUCGCAUACUAUUCCUUUACCCCCUUAAUCGUGUAGAGAUAAGGUACGUAUGAUCGAAGCUAAGAUGGAUUCACGAGGAUGAAGACGAUGGCGAUACGGCGAUAAAUUAAACGGGCGAAUAGUUUUCGGUCGAUCGGUAAAGAACAAUCGCGCUUUCGUGUGUGUGCCACCCCUUUUCUUUUUCAUCUGUCUUCACCGCGAAGGCUAUACAACAGUAGGGGGCGCGUGCGCGCGUAGCCCCCCUCGCAGAGCGGACGCAAGACUGCUUCUUGGUGACGUCGCGGCUAGAAGGCUGCAGAGGAGAACGAGAGAGCGAUCGAGAUACUUCUCCCCCACCAGCGGUUUUCAGAACUCCCGAAUAUCUCUCCAUUAGCCCCCCUGACGGUGCUAUCCCCUCUCCUUGACCCCUCUCUCUCUCUCGCCCUCUUUCUCUCUCUCUCUCUUACGCACACCCCUCUCAUCGGUUCCUGUCACGUCGGGUAGCAGCCAGGCAACACCACCACACGACGAGCGCCAGCGGCAGCGGAGACUCGACGGAGACGCAAGGAACGGGGUUGAAGAAUCGUACGCCGACGGAAAGACCAAUCAAGGUUUGACGAACGGCAGGGAUUGGUCGAGGCGCUCCUCUGACACGCAGAGAGCGCGGGCACGUGACAAGCUACCGCACACACCGGUCUUUCGUUGGAUCGUGACGAGGGCCUUCAGUACGAUAGCAGUCACCCUCCGCGCACGCAACAGGAACGGCGAACGCUCGCGCGAUAUACUCUUCACCCUCUGCCGUGGUGAUAUGAGUAUACCGCCGCUGUCGCGAUACAAAGUCGUCGGUUAAGUGAAAACAUCUGUGACAUCGUACGAGCAUAAUUAAUUAUCGCGCGGGAAUAAUUUUUAAUACGCGCCUUUGUACGCGGUGUUUAAAUACACUCGUCAUUUCAUUCAGCACUUUACAACAUCGUCGUCAUCAAUGGGACACCUCGAUAAGCUGUUUGUUACGCGCUACUGCAUGGUGGGCCCACAAGUUCUCUGUAGGUAAUCGCGACUCGACCGAGAUCGUAAAGAAGCAGAAGACAGUUUUAUAGCUCAGGCCCACGUGGCCCUCGUAAACUUGACUCGCAGGUCGGAUUCAGGCUCGACCCGCCUGCCGCCGCUCGUCUACCGCCUUUUCUCUCUCUCUCUCUCUCUCUCUCUCUCUCUCUCUCUCUCUCUUUCUCUAUUAGUCUUGAACCCCUCGUUCAUUAUCGAAUCGCUCUGGGACGUGUUUCUCCACGUGUAACAAGUCGUGAUAGCUGUGAAUCGUUCGACGAACAAGGUGUCGGAGAAACCGACCGCGUAUGUCGCGCGAACGUUCUCGUCACGCAACAAAGUCACCGAUGUGAUGAUAUGGGUUUCUAUACUUAAUGAUCGGCGCGUUGUUAAAUCACGUCACGAUCAAUCGAACGCAACGUCGUUGGUGUUUUCGUUCGUGAAUGACGGAACGUAGACGUGCAAAAGUAUCGGUACAGUGACAGUUGACGAUAGGUGAUAGUUACAAGGUGGAGAGAAUGAGUUCCUAUCAGUUCGUCAGCUCGCUUGCAUCAUGCUACGCGGGUCAACAGCCACAGCAGCAGCCGAGACCGACGCCGAAUUCGCCUGGAGAACCGAUGCAGGCAGCAUCGCCGGCCGGUGGCGACUAUUACAAUCCGAAUGCCGCGUCCACCAGCUAUCCCGCGCCCUGUUACUCACCGCAACAGCAUUAUCCUCAGCAUCCUUACGCCACACCGGCGUCAGGUAUGCAGCAUACAGCGCCGACCGGGAUGAUAGACUACACGCAAUUGCAACCGCAGCCGCGAUUGAACGCGACCGCGACGUCACAGCAGCACGGUAUGCACGCUCAGCAAACGCAGCAUCAUCCUCAGCAACCGCAUCAUCCGCAGCAACAAUUACACCCGGAUCCGACGACACCCCUAUUGCAGGGCGCGUCAGCACCCUCAGCGCCGUCAACGUCCAGCUGUAAAUACGCCGAUUCGACCUCGUCCACCAGCGUGGCGUCCCCGCAAGAUCUCACUACGUCCACUUCGAGAAACAGCCCGACGCCGUUGCAAGUCGCGCCAGGUACAAGUAAAGCCGCAUCGGGGCUGACUUCGCCGCCCGGUAGCUCGUCAAGGUCGUCCGUGGCUGCGUCCGCUGCCUCACCGCCGAGCGGUAGCUCGAGGGGUGUCGGCGAGGGAAAUUCGACGCUUACAACGGCAUCUUCCGCUUCGUCGCCCGCUUCCUCCACAUCCAGCACAUCUAGCACGGGUAACAAUUCGUCCAACAAGGGCAAUCCCUCUGGCAGCAAUCCGCCUCAAAUAUAUCCCUGGAUGAAAAGGGUUCAUAUUGGUCAGAGUACGGUGAACGCGAACGGUGAGACGAAACGGCAAAGGACCUCGUACACCAGGUACCAGACCCUGGAGCUGGAGAAGGAGUUUCACUUCAAUCGCUAUCUGACGAGGCGGCGUCGCAUCGAGAUCGCGCAUGCUCUCUGCCUCACGGAACGUCAGAUUAAGAUCUGGUUCCAGAAUCGGCGUAUGAAGUGGAAGAAGGAGCACAAGAUGGCGAGUAUGAACAUCGUGCCGUACCACAUGUCGCCGUACGGUCACCCUUACCAGUUCGCGCCCCACCCCGGCCAGUUCGCUCACUUGGCCACAUAGGACGAGUUCUCGCCCGCCGAGCUCGGAGCACACGCUGUCCGGUUUCCCGGGAUGUACGGCGAGCAGAACUUCUAAAGGCUUUUCCCGCUUUCUCGGACCCCGCGCCAACGCCUGUCAACGGGGGCCUUGAAACCCCCGGCGCGGUCGUCGAGGGGCCUUCACUUCCAGUAGAACACAUGGUGCGUUUCGCCGAUUCCGCAAUGCGCCGAUGGUCGGUAGCGGAUGGAUUGUCGCGCAACAACGAGAGGAGAAUGCGAUCCUUCCUCUCUAUAUAUGUUCAUAAACGUACUUAAAUUAUAUUUCGCGCUUAAUACUGUAUAAGAAGGAAAGGAAACGAGACUUUUUCGAGAAGGAAGAAAAUUUCCUUCUCAGGCUGACGAGAAGCAAUCCAUUCUCGCUAACCUUCGGCUCAUGCGGACACGCAAGUACUGUACUGACUAUUCGAAGUUGAAGGGAAGCCAAAAUUUUCUGCAUACAUAGCGCCGUGCACCCGAGUUAAUAGACUGGACGCGCUCCGAGGGGCUCUCUCUUCACGCACACGAGAUUAUAAAAUAUUCAUACUAACGCGGAUGAGAGACCGUCUCAGCGGGUGAGAUAAAACCGAAUCCUCUAGUUUAAGAUGUAGAAAUUAGCGGUCUAAGUAAUUAAUUAAUCAAAUAACGAAUUAAUUAAUUAUCUUGUCUGGCUGCGCACUGUUUCACCUAAGAUUAAUAAUUACUGAUGAAAUAUAUUUAUUUAUUGCUUUUCUUUUUUUUUUUGAUACAUUAUUCUCUCUUGUGUUCAAUCCCUUUCGAAUGUAUUUCUGGAAAAAUGAUUCGCAAAAGACUCAAAACAGCUUCAAGGAAAAAUAGUUUUUAUGCUGAAAUUUCUACAAUAAUUUAUAGGAGACGCCUCUUAAUAUUUAUAUUUCCCGUCUUUCUCGAAAGAAAGGUAACCUUUAGAAAUCUAUGAUAGCGUAUAAAUUAUGCUGAUCUUAUGAAAUAUUCUAAUAAAAAAAAUGAGAAAUAUGCUUUAAAAGACGCAUGUACUAAGCCUGUAUUAGUAAAAGAACAACGAGACGUUUGUAUAGCAUAAUUUAAACGUAAUUAAAAUAAUACAAUAUCAUUGCAGUGUUAUAAAAUAAUUACGGAAUCAAUAAUUAGAAAUUUCUAUAUCUCUGUAUUUAUCUCUCUAUCUUUUUAUAUCGAAUCCCUAGACAUUCUUUAAAUUCUUCGAAUACGUAAUUUACUACGUAAUUUAAUUAUCAUGCAACGCUAAAAAAAGAAUAGAUAACCAGCGUGUUCCAAAUGGAUUUUGGAAAUUGAAUUUCGCGCGUAAUAUUUAUUUCUUUUUACAAUCCUGCAAUAUUAUUUUAUUAUAAUGAAACGGUGGGCAGCUACGGCCCAGCAUCUCUCUUUGUACAUAAUUUGCAGCAUAAUCUAACCAAUGUCUCCCUGGAGCAGCCACGUUGUUCCUAUAUUGUCGAUAUGUAGGGGAAAUCUCGCGUAGAAUCUAAUAUUCAUUUUUAUUCCACCGCAUCGAGCGCAUUUUAUCCCGAUCGAUGACAACAAAUCAACUCAACUAUUGUUUCUCGCGCGUCGGCUGUAGUGACUUUAAUCCGUAUAGAAACAUAAUUAGUUUCUAUAAUCUACCAUAGUUGAAAUCCUGAAACUGUUGAAUGAAAAAAGGAAAGUGGGAUAUCUCUUGCACGGAAUCGAAACGGGAUAAAUGACACGGCCCGGAUGCGUUGCGAGUGUGUGUGUCUGACUUUCGAUAUGGUGCAAUGUGUGCGCAUGUAGCGCCGAAUAUCUAACGCAAAUUGUGCAUGCACGUGCCGCCUGAUUACGCGUAUUUAUCGGUACAGGUGCGUGAUCGGGCUGUGUGACGGAAGAGAUGUAUUAUUCUACAUCGGAUCGCGCUGACGAGGAUCCGAUGAUAAGAAAGAUCGAAUAUCGAUUAAUUAAUUAAUCCGGCAAGCGAGCGCAAGUGUGUAAACUAAUUAGCUAGUAUUCGAGUAAUUGAUUAUCUUGUGAUACGACAGAAAAAAAAAAUAAAAAUAACGUUGAAAACAGUCGAUCUAUAAAUGCUUAAUUGAAUUGUCAUAACCGCGUGUUUACGCGAUGCAAAUUCGGAAGAAUACAGGGAAUUUAGUAUGUCGAGAUUCUAAGCGAUACAAGCGAGAGAGAGAGAGAGAGAGAGAGGGGAGAGGGGAGAGGGGAAGAAACAAAUAAAGAAGAGACCUUCUAACUAGGCUAGUAUUUGAAUUGUACAUAACUAUUGAAUAUAUAACACACACACGAUACCGAAUGACGUUAUAUUACUGUACGAGGCGUUAACGAAAAGAAAAAAUUCUUUCUCUUUCCUUUUAUCUGUCAUGUAAAUCGUCGAGUGCCGAGCUAAAUUAGAUCGAGACGAGAAAUUUCUAUUCAUUAUCAGGGACAACACUUUGCGUGAAAUUAAUUGAAAUAAAAACGGCACAGUAUUUUCAAAUUGUAUUUAAUUAUCUGCGACUUUACGACGAAUUCGUCGUGCCUAGAAUGUACAGAAAAGAAUGUUUGUUUCUAUUACGAAAAAAAAAAAAAAAAUGCUGCCAGGUGCAACAUAAUAUUUUUUUUUCGUUAUCGCCUGGUACACUAUAUGAAUAUUUAAAUAAAGCAUAGUGAGGAUUAUUAUUAUUAUUAUUAAUAUUAUUAUCAUUAUUAUUAUUGAAAUUCUUGAUAUUAUCUUUAUUAUUGUAUUGAGAGUGAAUCUGUUGCUAAUGACUUUAGUAUACAGUGUUAAUAUUGUAUUUUAUUUGUUUCGUUAUUAUUAUUUUUUUUUUUUUGUUAUUUACGCCGCGUGUCGUACAACACGUUCCGUACCUAUGAAUGAUGUGCACAAAUGUAAUGCGAGAUUUGCAUCACUUUUUUACACGAGAUCCACAUCGCGGGAUACGUUAUAGUCGUGCUAUCUCGAUGCCUAUUGAAACUGUCGACUCGUUCGAGCGGCGUCGAAAAGAAACGAAAAGAUGCAGAUAUUUACUCUAUUUAUUCGUCAAGGUGCAAAGAAUGCGUUCUAUCCAAGUUAAAUUAAGCUCAAGUAUUACGUUCGCGUAGCGUCACUCAAAUGUUAUUUCAUUCCAUGUAAUAUACGUAAUAGUCUAACUAAAAAAAAAAAUACUUACUUAUUACAUCUACGUAACCUAGAGAGCACCGUACGUGUAAGGUCGUCUAAUUAUAUAAUUUAAAUUGUAAUUAUUAAAUGGUAUGACGUACAGAAA